AACAAAGUCUUCUAAAUCUACAUCAGGUCCAAUGUUCAUGUUUGCUGUGAUUGUUUGAUAGAUCAAUCUCUUUUCACGCCUUGAAGGUACAGGGAAUUCAAUCUUUCUAUCUAAUCUACCAGGACGCAAGAGUGCAGGAUCAAGAGUGUCAGCACGGUUAGUGGCCAUAAUACUUUAACGUUGCUAUCUUGAUCGAAACCAUCCAUUUGAUUCAACAAUUCAAGAAGAAUACGUUGUACUUCUCUGUCUGCACCAGUUUGAGCAUCGAAACGCUUAGUUGCGAUUGCGUCAAUUUCAUCAAUGAAGAUAAUUGCAGGAGCAUUCUCUCUUGCUAAUCUGAAAACGUCUCUAACCAUUCUAGGACCUUCACCUAGGUACUUCUGUACGAAUUCUGAACCGUUCACUCUAAUGAAUGCAGCGGUUGUAUGGUGUGCUACUGCCUUGACCAACAUUGUUUUACCUGUACCAGGUGGACCAUAAAGAAGAACACCACGUGGUGGAUCGAUACCAAUUUGUUUGUAUAAUUCAAAGUGAGUUAAAGGUAACUCGACGGCUUCUCUGAUUUCUUGUUUCUGAGUGUCCAUACCACCAAUAUCCAUAUAAGUUUCUGCAGGUUUCUCAUUCUCACUGAGCAAACUAAUAGAACUGUCUGCUUCUGGUGGGAGGAUAUCAACUAAAGCGUUAGAGUGUCUGUGUAAGGCAACGGAUGAAUUUGGUUUGAGUAAUUCACGAUCGAGGGUGGAUAAUAUUCUAACGAUAUAGUUUGAGCCUGUAGUUGAGCCAACAAUACCAGUGUUUUCAUCGAUGGCUUCCAAAAACUGACCAAUAACGAGUGGUACGGAUUGGAUACGUUUAACCUCCUCUUGGGCUCUAACUAAUUCAGUUUUCAAGUGCUUUUGCUCGUCUUUAAUAUAUUCCUCUUGUAAUUGUAAGAAUUCCAAGUGCUUGUUCAAUGCGUGAUAUUUGAUGUACAAAUCCUUUGGGUUUACUAGCUGUGAUUGAUAUUGCUUUAAAUCUGAUAGUUGAUUCCUAAACGUUGGAUCCUCUUUAUUUAGUUCUACUUCCAUUUUGCUAUUUUAGACCUUGGCUGUUAGGCUUGAAGAGGCACAUUCGUCAUCAUGUCGUCGUCCCAGCAUCUCAGACGAACGAGUAGAGCUAAUAUUCAAAUUAUCAAUAGAGAUAUUGAAGAUAACGAUAGUUCGACUUCUGAGCCCCUUUUGCCCUCAGAUAAGCAGUCGAAAGAGUCCGAAGGUUCAGCCUCUAUUGGCAGCUGCGUCGCUAAUUUAGCUAAUACUAUCAUUGGUACAGGAAUGCUAGCUAUGCCUGAUGUACUCUCGUCUACUGGCAUUAUACCCGGAAUGAUUCUCAUUCUAUUCUGUGCCUUCAUGUCCUCAUUCGGACUAUAUUUACUGUCUUUAUGCAGCGAUAAACUACCGCCACGCUCUGCAUCCUUCAACGCAAUAGCAAAGAUAACCUAUCCAACUGCAGCGAUGUACUUUGAUUUGGCAAUAGCGUUGAAAUGCUUUGGUGUGAGCAUUUCUUAUCUUUUGAUUCUCGGUCAAUUGGUACCGCCACUAGUCACUUCUUUCUUUCACCACCUCACACCUUCACAAGUUGACCCACCUAGCUGGCUUCUAUCGAGGCAUUUCUGGAUAACGGUAUUCGUGAUAUUGCUAUCUCCAUUAGCUAGCAUGCGUCAACUCAACUCACUCAGGCACACGUCAUAUGUCUCUAUCUUCAGUGCUGGAUAUCUACUCCUUAUAGUGGUAUUAUGCGCAGUACAUUCACCAAUACCGCUUCCACCAGCUGGUAAUGUUAGUCUAGGUAGAUUUGAUGCAAGUGCAAUAUCCAAGUUCCCAGUUUUGGUAUUUGCAUUUACAUGCGCACAAAAUUUCUUCCCCGUCAAGAAUGAGUUGCGCUCGAAUACUCGCUCGAGAACAACAACCGUGAUUGGAAGCUCAAUAGGUGUUGCAUCAGGAUUAUAUGAGAUCAUCGGUGUUUUAGGUUAUGUUACAUUCGGAGAUAACGUCAACAGCAACGUAAUGUCAAUGUAUCCAGACACAUCAAUAUUCAUUUCAUUCGGAAGACUAGCGAUAGUAAUCCUCGUUCUAUCCUCAUACCCAUUACAAGUACAUCCAUGUCGUAACUCACUCGAUAAAGUGAUAAGAACGAAAUCUGAAAAGGAGAAAGCAUUAGCUUCACAAGAUGAGGAUAGUGAAGAUGACGAAAUAAUAAAACAUCCACCAUCGAAAACCAAACAUACAAUUUUAACUAUAUCAAUUUUAUUAUUGACUUGGGCAGUUUCAAUGGUCGUUACGCAAUUGGAUAAAGUGUUAGCUUUCGUAGGCAGCACCGGAUCAACUAUUAUUUCAUUCAUCCUACCUGGUUUAUUCUAUCGUGCAUUAACACUUAAUGACGACGAACCAAGUCGUAAAUGGCUUAGAGUUGGUAGUAGACUCCUCAUAUUUUACGGAGCAUCUGUUAUGAUAUUCUGUCUUGCAUUCAACUUUUACGAGUUAUUCACAAAUUCUACUUCUACAUUUGUAUAAUGAGCAAAUUCAUUUAAUCUUUUCAUUUUUGAAGUAUGUAUAUUUUAACAAUUUCGAACCUGUAAAUAGGAGAGAAUAUUUAAGUGAUUAGAUAUUAUUUCAUGCGUUUGACAUUUUCUUAUUGUAUAAUUACCGAUUAUCCGACAUAGCUUAAAAUGUCUCUUCUUCUUCUUCA